AUGCAAAUUUUAAAACUUUUGAACACUAAAAAUGGUGGCUACUGCCGGUUCCGGCACGAGUUCCCCCGGCUCUGCUCCACCCACACGUCCCUGUCUGGGCAGCUACGUCACGUCAAGAGGACCGGCUCACCCCAGCACACCCUCGGCCAGAGCACGGGCGCCCUCACCACCUUCCACUUCAGCUCGGCCAGCUCACACAGGGUGCUCUCUCUUGUCCCCGUGGAGCUCCUACCCUACCUGUACAUCGGAGACGCUGGCCACUCCUCUAGGAAAGAGCUGCUCCAGGAUUUUAAAAUCACCGCCAUCUUGAACGUCUCGACUUCCUGUGAGAACCACUUCCCCUCCGACUUCCGGUACAAGGUCAUCCCCGUGGAGGAUUCGAACAACGCCAAUCUGCUUGAGUGGUUUCAGGACGCCAUUUUGUUUAUUGAAAACGAGCGACGGUCGGGCGGCAAGGUCCUGGUCCACUGUCACGGCGGCAUCAGUCGCUCAGCGACCGUCUGCUUGGCCUACCUGAUGUACUCACGCCACCUGCACCUGGACGACGCCUACACCUACGUCAAAUCCCGUCGUCACGUGAUCUCGCCCAACGCCAACUUCAUGAUGCAACUGACCCAGUUCGAGACGGAACUCCGGAAGUUGGGAUUCUCCUGGCCGGGCUCCGCCGCCCUCCACCUCCCCCUCUCCCCCUGCAGACACGCCUCGUUCGGGAGUUGUCCGGAUAUUUCCAAGUUCAGGGUCACGGAGGAGGUUGAAGAUGGCGGCGGUGAGGACAUGGUUCAAGAGGAGGAUGACGCGGGGAGUAAAGAGGGGCGGGAGGAGGAGGAGGACGAUGAAAGUAGUGCCAGCAGUGAGAUUACUCCGCUUGUCUUUGAACAUGUCAGCGUUGGGUUCUUCAACAAACCCUUGGCUUCCCCGUCGUGAGAGAGAGAAGGGGGUAGGGGUUGUGUACAUGCGAGAGGUGAAAUAGUCCGACUGCUUGACAUUGCUCUGAUAGAUGAUAGAAUUUAUUUAUUUGUACAUAAACGAUCAACAUUGGUGAUUUAUAUUUAUGAAAGAUAGCUACUUAUUGUUGAUAUUUAUCAUGUGUACAUAGCGUGAGAUGAUAAUGGUAGUAUUUAUUAUGUUAGCUGUAGAUAAUGACUAGGAUAAACACGUCUUGUUUUGAAACGUGCAAUAUGGAUUCUGUUUACGGUAAAACUCUAAUAUUUGUCUUGUUUUGAAAAGGAUUCAAGGUAAAACUCUAAUAUUUGUCUUGUUUUGAAAUGUGCAAUUUGCAGUCUGGUCACGGUAAAACUCUAAUACUAGUCU